UCGUAAUAUCAAUGAUACCCUCAAUUUGCAUAAGUUUCCAGAAAACCCAACUAGCCACCGGCUAAAAGCUGUGCAUGUAUGCCCAUCAUCAGCCAAGACAUCAUCCUCUCUCUCUCUGACGGGUCACUCUUCCAUCUAAUUCAACCACCACCCUUCACAGAUUCAAGCAAACCAAAUUCUCUUUUCCAUAAACCCUUUUUCCAAUCCAAUCCAAAAUCUCAAUCUCAUUAAAACCCACUUUCAUCAAACAAAAACCAUAUCAUAAAAUUAAAAAAUAUUCCAAUACAUAAGAGCGUUACAUUAAAACUUCAGUACCGAAUUGUUUUAUGAGAAAUGCCAAGUGUGGCUGUAAAACUCUACAGCGUAUUCUUCAAGUUCCUCUUGAAGCACCGUUUACAAAACCGUAUUCAAUCUCAACCCGAUUUAAAUAACAACUCUAACUCGUUUGGUAUCACUUCACGACCCGAAGAAACCGUCGCAAAUUCUAACCCUUCUUUUACCGACGGUGUCGCUACCAAAGACAUUCACAUCGAUCCUUUCACUUCUCUUUCAAUUCGAAUUUUCCUUCCUCAAUCUGCACUUUCACCACCCGAACCCAAUUCCAAACCUAAAAAGCAAGAUCCCGAACCUGGAUCUGCUACUUCACGGCGGAAUAGUUAUGGUCCACCGUAUAAGGAAGAAGAGUUCCGAGGGAAUUUGUUUGAUGGUACCGGUAGUAAUGGUGUUGAGAGUUUGAAUUUGAUGGGAGCUGGUGUUAACGGUGGUGCUGGAUUAUAUAGAGGUUAUUCGCCGCCUGUGUUGGAUAAUCGACGGAGAAAAUUGCCGGUGAUGUUGCAGUUUCAUGGUGGUGGUUGGGUUAGUGGGAGUAAUGAUUCUGUUGCGAAUGAUUUAUUUUGUAGACGGAUUUCGAAGCUUUGUGAUGUGAUUGUUGUUGCUGUUGGGUAUAGGUUGGCGCCGGAGAGUCGGUAUCCGGCUGCUUUUGAGGAUGGGUUGAAGGUUUUGAAUUGGUUGGCAAAACAGGCGAAUUUGGCUGAGUGUACUAAGUCUAUGGGGGUUGGUAGGGUUGGAGGUGGUAGCCAUGGUGGUGGUGGUGGUGGUGGUGAGUUUAAUAAAUCAGAUGGUCAUAGACAUAUUGUUGAUUCGUUUGGAGCUUCGGUUGUUGAGCCUUGGUUGGCUAGUCAUGGAGAUCCAGCAAGAUGUGUUCUUCUUGGAGUGAGUUGUGGUGCGAAUAUUGCAGAUUAUGUGGCUCGAAAAUGUGUGGAGGGAGGCAAGCUUUUUGAUCCUGUCAAGGUGGUAGCACAGGUCUUGAUGUACCCAUUUUUUGUUGGAAGUGUUCCCACACAUUCUGAAAUAAAAUUGGCAAACUCCUACUUUUAUGACAAGGCUAUGUGCAUACUUGCAUGGAAACUUUUCUUACCCGAGGAAGAAUUUAGUUUGGACCAUCCGGCUGCUAACCCCCUGAUCUCAGGUCGGUCCCCUCCUUUAAAGUUGAUGCCUCCAACAUUGACAGUGGUGGCAGAGCAUGACUGGAUGAGGGAUCGUGCCAUUGCUUACUCAGAGGAGCUCCGGAGGGUGAAUGUUGAUGCACCUGUUCUCGAGUAUAAGGAUGCAGUACAUGAAUUUGCGACACUGGAUGUACUAAUCAAAAGCCCCCAGGCCCAGGUGUGUGUUGAGGACAUUGCCAUAUGGGUCAAGAAAUAUAUUUCACUUCGAGGCCACGAAUUCUCGUAUUGAGUAGGAAUUGAAACAUUAAGAUCAUGAUUCGCCGGUAUAUAUUUACCUUCCCUCAACUUCGAAAUUAGCUUCAAAUCACUCUUUUGUUGCUAUUACCCAGGAUGGUUAUAUUAUUUGAUUGAUUUUGUUGCUUUAUAAGGUGUUGGGUGUUGACUAGUUCCAUGUUUGUACUACCUCAUUAUUUUCCUCUUUUGUAAGAUAGAUAGUAGCAUUAGUUGAGCCAUUGAGAUGCAUAUAGCUCAUGCGUACCAAUCACCGUAGGACAUUUCUGUGCCAUUUUUCAUCUGUAUUAUGAUGUCAUAUUUCUCAUUGAAAUAGUAUCAAAUUUAAUGAGCCAUUCUCUUGGCAUGUGUGUGUAUGUGAUGUCUAAUCCAUCCAUCCACAUGGUAUUAGUUUUAGCUUUUUGUUUGAUGAUGCUAAACUUCAGUGCCUAAUUUGUUUGUUGCCUUAGCUUCA